AGAGACAAAGUGACGCUCACUGAUUCACUGUGAGCUCUUUCAUUUCAAAUCUCCUCUCUCUCUCAACUUUCCUAAUAUAUAUAUAUCUCCUCUCUCUCUCUGGCUUCACCAUUCCAUUCCCCAACCAUUUUUUAGGGUUUGGAUUAGGGCUUUUGUAUGUUUACAAGAAGCAAUGGAAUCAGACGAUUAUAAGAGGAAGGAGAGCAUAGCUCUGGUGGUAAUCGUAGUGCUCGCUUCACUCGCCAUCGCUUCGUUGCUCGUCGCCUUCAGCUACUACUGCUACAUACGCAACAAAGUCGCCAAGCGCUUAAAGAACCACAAAAGGUUUGAUUAUGAGGAUAAAGGUAGCACUUUUUUGAAUAUUCAAGUUGCUACUGAGAAAGGGCUACGGUUCUUCACCUUUAAGCAGCUACAUUCGGCCACUGGUGGUUUUGGCAAAUCUAAUGUGAUUGGACACGGUGGGUUUGGGUUAGUGUACCGAGGAGUUCUACAAGAUGGGAGGAAGGUUGCAGUCAAGUUGAUGGAUCGAGCUGGAAAGCAGGGAGAAGAGGAAUUUAAAGUAGAGGUAGAACUGUUGAGUCGACUCUGUUCACCAUACCUGCUGGCAUUGAUAGGCUACUGUUCAGAUGAUAACCAUAAAUUGUUGGUUUAUGACUUCAUGGCUAAUGGUGGUCUGCAGGAGCAUUUGUAUCCCAUCAGUGGUUCCAAGUCUGUUUCUUCAAAGUUGGACUGGGAAACCCGGUUGAGAAUAGCUUUGGAAGCAGCAAAGGGUUUGGAAUAUCUCCAUGAACGUGUCAACCCUCCAGUGAUUCACAGAGAUUUUAAGAGCAGUAACAUCCUGUUGGACAAAAAUUUUCACGCAAAAGUUUCUGAUUUUGGAUUGGCUAAGCUUGGAUCUGACAAAGCUGGUGGACAUGUUUCCACCAGAGUACUAGGCACCCAGGGAUAUGUUGCCCCUGAGUAUGCGUUAACUGGGCAUCUGACAACAAAAUCAGAUGUUUAUAGUUAUGGAGUUGUCCUUCUGGAGUUGCUUACUGGCAGAGUUCCAGUUGAUAUGAAGAGAGCUCCUGGAGAAGGUGUUCUUGUAUCUUGGGCUUUGCCCUGCCUCACGGAUAGGGAGAAGGUUGUACAAAUUAUGGAUCCAGCAUUAGAGGGUCAAUACUCAAUGAAGGACGUUAUUCAGGUGGCUGCUAUUGCUGCAAUGUGUGUGCAACCAGAGGCAGAUUACAGGCCAUUGAUGGCAGAUGUUGUGCAGUCACUGGUGCCACUGGUGAAAUAUAACAGACCAUCUUCGAAAGUAGGUAGCUGCUCUAGCUUUCAUGCUACCCAGUCUCCCAAGGCAUAGGACCUCUGGUGAAGUGUGUGAAACCAGUCAAAGCCAGUAAUAUAUGCUUCCUUGCUAACUUAUGUUUUGUGCACACUAUCAUUUAGGGUUUUUGGUCUUAGGUCAUUGGUUUUGGUGAAGAAACUAGUUUGUUGUAGUAGUAAUAGGCUUCUGGUGGAGACGAUUUUGUACGCUUGCCAAACUUGCAUCUGAUGAAAAUUUUGAUUUAUCCAACUAGCCUCGACCGUAGAAGCCACCAAUGUCGAAAAUACUGUAGAACUGGUUGAUUUGUUAGAUGUAAUGUAAACUGGUUCAAAUAUUCACAAACUUUAAUGCUGUAUUUUCAGGGGAAUUGUGGCCUGGCAAUUUUUAGAGUUUAUUCCUAUAUUUCAACUUUAAUGAACAAAGGUUGUGAUUUCUCUUGCU